CAAAGUACAUGCCAUUGUGAUAGGAAAUAUUAUCACCAGCAUCUCCAGAAUAGGCUCCUAUCUUGAAUUUGUAGGGUUUUUUUUUACUCAAUAGUUGAAAUUGUUUUUAUACCGAGAUGAACCAACUCUGCCUUGUUUUAUUUCUGUUCAUUGAAUUCACAGUGGGACAAAAUACAUGCCUUUAUAAUGGAAAGAAAUACAGUAAUGGUGAAGUGACGUCAUUUGACGACUGCAAGACUUGCUAUUGUGGUGUUUUCGGGAUUUAUUGUUUUAAAAAACCCUGCAGGGAUCAUGUGACUUGUAAGAUGAACAAGAAUAUUAACACCAACAUACCGGAAGCAAGUGGAAUAACUACAAAGUCUGAAGACGAAUGUGUGAGUAAAUGUCUAGCAGACUCAAAAUGUCGACUUUCCAAAUACGACGUUUCAGAUCGACUUUGUGCGCUGGCAUCGGAGGAAGUACUCAAUAAAACAUAUUUUGAGUUCGGCGUCCAUGUGUUUAUCAAGGAGUGUACAGAAUUCCCAGCGAGAUUGGUUACCACAGCCACCUCAUCGUCUACACCGGAAACCACCACAAAGAUUCCAUCCACCAAGAUAGAAUGGUACACAACAUCAACUGCAAAGCCGGAAAUAAAGACCACAUCGACUGUAACAAUGAAACAACCAAUGACUACUACGACCGUGAACAUUUCUUCACCACCAGAAUCAAGACUUCAGAUUUACGGAAGUUCUGAAAUUAUUCAAGAACUAAUUCAGCCUUUGACAAUAAAGUGUUUAUAUAAGACUUUAAUUCAAGGUGAAAGAGACACUUCUGCACUUCAGUCGUUGUAUUUACUUCAUGAGACUAAUGGUGUCAUUGCAUAUAUAAAUAAACAACAACCCGUUGUUACAACCAUUCAAGGAGAUAAUUUAAAAAAUGUGGAAGGUGAAAUCUUUGACAACGAAUCAAAAGAUUCCUAUCUUCAAGUCACAUGGAACGAUUUGAAACAUUCAGAAUCUGGAAAAUAUUUUUGCGAGGCUUAUGUCAAUCAUUCAGAUGGAAGAUUUGAUAAGAUGAAUGAAAUGUUAACGAUUAUAGUACAAAGUCCAACACUUGAUGAUUUGGUGAAAGUAAUACAGAAAUUACAACGACAGGCUGAAGUAGACAAAGAGACUAUACGAGAGAAUCAAAACAAAAUAAAGAUUAUUAAAGAUUUGGAUACUAAUCAACAAGAUAUUAUAAGUCUUAAAGAGGACAUGAAUACUACAAAACAAGAUAUAAUGAGCAUUAAAGAAGAUCUGGACACUAAAAGCCAAAAUAUUUUAAGCAUUCGAGAAAAUUUUGAUACAAAUAAACACAACAUGAUCAUCUUUCAAGAUAAUCUGACUAUGACAGUAGCUAAUUUAUCAGCGGCAUUAAAGGAAGUAGAAAACUCAGUUAAUAAAUUACUUCAGUAUUACCUUGUGCCACACAGGUCUUGUCGUAACGUUAUCAGUAAUGAAACCCGUGUCAUUGUAACUUUAUCUUCCGGGUUAAAGGUCAUGUGUGACACCAAGACAGACGGUGGUGGAUGGAUCAUCAUCCAGAGAAGAAUCAACGGAAAAGUAGAUUUCUAUAGAGGAUGGAAGGAGUAUCGUGACGGCUUUGGAGAUUACAACAUUGGAGAAUUUUAUCUGGGAAAUGAAAAUAUUUUCAAGUUAACUUCUACUGGGCAAUAUGAUUUAAGAAUAGAUUUAGAAUAUAACAACAAGUCGUACUUUGCACAGUACGAAGACAUUAAAGUAUUGAGUGAGACUGAUAAUUUUCAAUUACAGAUAGGAAAGUAUUCAGGAAACGCUGGUGACAGUUUAAGACGUCAAAACAACAUGUUCUUUAGUACUCUUGAUAGGGACAAUGACAUUGACAAUAUUGAUAACUGUGCACAAAAAUAUUUAGGUGCUUGGUGGUACAAGGAUUGUCAUGAUUCUAAUCUAAAUGGUCAAUGGGGAAAUAAAUCAUUUGGGAAGGGAAUGAACUGGUAUGGUCUAACGCAAUGGUCUGACAGUGUUACCUUUAGUGAGAUGAAAAUAAGAGAAAGAGAAUAAAAUUCACACUUUAAUGAUUAAGAAAAGUCUUCACCUAGAGUUUACGAGACAAGUUUUCUGUUUACAAACAAUGAGACCAAGUACUUUACAGAAUACUAAAUUUGCUCUUUUGAAUCUUUAUCAACGAAAAAAAUGCCACAAUGUAAAGUUUUUAACUCUUUCUCUCCUAAUCGACGAUACCAUCGUUUAUUUUGACCUUAUUAAAUUAAAUUUAGGGUUAGGGUUAGGUUUAGUUUUUAAACAUGACUUUGAACUAUAUAAAAAGAACAUGCAUUUCCCUUUUAUUCUAUACCAAAUACAACAUUUUCUGAUAACAAACAGCAAAGCUAACAGGGUAGUGAAUUAGUAAUUAUCAAAAUCAAGAAUUCCUUUCAAAACGUGGAAAAAAUUUACGGCGAGAUAUAGUUAAUAUUGUUUCUUAGAAAAGAUUUGGCAAUAUAAUUGAGCACUUUCGUAAUCAUUUUUUUUUUAAUUUAAAUCUUUUAGAAAUUGUAACUAACUUAAAGGUUUAGUUGUGAUGAUUUCUACUCUUUUUUACACUGAAGUUUUUUUUUUGCUGAGAACGAGUCGUGGGAAUUCUGGUAUCUUUAGAAAGUUCUUAGUUGUACAAGUCCAUUAAAGACGCUGAAAUACU